AGCGCUCAUCACUGAAUUAGCCAAUCAGAGAGCACGACUCUGCUCGGUGCGUAUUUUGAACCACUGACCCAACGGCUAGCACUGGAAGCGAGCAGAGUUGACGCUUCGCAGUUUCUUUCCUUGAUUCGUUUUUAUUCUAUUUUGAAAGACGGUUUGCGGCCGUAACAUUUUUUUUUUGACGAUGAGAAGAAGUGUGGCGCUCGCAGCAGAGUCCGUGUCCUGCCUGAAUAAAGCCCUGCGCCACUUGAAGGACAUUUGGGAGGAGAUCGGCAUUCCCGAGGACCAAAGACUACAGAGAACUAAUGUUGUCAAGAAUCAUAUUCAGGGCUUACUCGAUAUGAUGAUCAGGGAGGAGGAAUCGCUGAAGAACAGGCUCGUCAGCAACAUUCAGGACUGCAAGACUAAAAUGGAGACGCUUUGUGUUGAACUUCAGAUUCCCAUGUUUGAGGAAGAGGUUGGCCUCAGCAUCCUCCAACAGGAGAAGAACAUCCGCACGCGGGUGGAGGCUCUGAUGAAGGAGAGGACUCGGCGGAUGCAGGAGCUGAAGGUUCUGCUGGCGCAGGACCAGGACCUGUGUGACAUCCUGCGCUCGAUUCCCUACGGCGUCCCCCCAGAUUCUGUCCCCUCGCUGGAACAGCUGGAGAACUUCAGUCAGCAUGUCGCCAGCCAGAAUGAAGAGAAGGCAAAGCGGUAUGCCGAGUUCAUGGACCUCAAGAAGCAGAUCAUCUUGUACAUGAAUGACCUGGACCACGUCCCAGAGACCAGUUUUGAGAAGGACAUUGUCUGCGAAGAUGAAGACGCGUUCUGCCUUUCCAGAGAAAAUAUUACCGCACUCCAGUUGCUUCUUUGUCAGUUGGAGCAACGCAAGGCGGAGAACGAGGCGGCGUGCGAGGCUCAUCGGGAGAAGAUCCAGCAGCUGUGGAACAGACUACAGGUGCCCCAGGAGGACAGGGAGGCCUUCAAUGACCACAUGGUCUUGUCCAAGAAGAUCAACCUGGAAGCGCUCCAAGCAGAGGUGCAUCGCCUGGAGGACCUAAAGCUGCAAAACAUCCGAAACGUGACGGAAGCCGUCCGGUCCGAGAUGGCCGUGCUUUGGGAGAAGUGCUUCUUCAGCCUGGAGCAGCGCCAGGCGUUUUUCGCCUAUUUUAGCGAGGACUUUACCGAGGAGCUGCUGCGUGCCCAUGACGCCGAGAUCCAGCGCUUGAAGCAACACUACGACGACCACAAAGAGCUUUAUGACGCCGUUCAGCAAUGGGAGGAAAGCUGGAGACUCUUCCUGGAGUUGGAUAAAAAAGCCUCGGAUCCAACGAGAUUCACCAACAGAGGAGGGAAUCUUCUCAAAGAGGAGAAACAAAGAGCUGACUUACACAAAAAUCUGCCAAAGCUGGAAAAGACGCUGAAAUGUCAGAUUGAUGCCUGGGAAAGCGAGCGAGGUUGUGAGUUUCUAGUCAACGGCCAGAAAUUCCUGGAGUACGUGGAGGAACAGUGGAAGCUGCACCAAGCGGAGAAGGAAAGGGAAAAAGCCGAACGGCACCUGAAAAAGAGCAAGCAGACGGAGGAGGACAUGCUCUACGGGACGGCAGUCCUGACGCCCAAACGCCGAUUCCCGGGUACCCAAACCCCAAGUAAAUCGCGAAAGAUGUUCAAUGCCACCUCCAGUAUUUCCUUGGCCACGUCCAACAGCACCAUGCGCUCGGCCUUCUCCGGAACCGUCUGCAGGUCCCCUCUGCCCCGCUCGCCGCUUUCUGCGAGGAAGGGACAGACACCAAGGAUGAUGUGCGGCAACAAGCCCCCCUACCCAAAAACGAUGGGCUGCAACAAAGAGAAUGAGGUCCAGUUGAAGGCGACCCCCCUGAGUGGUGCGUUGAAGACCCCCACUAGACCACAGUGUAACGUCAGCCUUAACUCUGUUGCCAGCACAUAUUCGGAGUUUGUGCGAGACUUAUCCAAGACCUCUAACGCCAAGAUCCAGCACCACAUCCUGAACUCCACGACCACCAAACUUUGACCUCGGCUGCCGACUCCCUCCGAUUUGCCCGCAAUGAAGAGCGCCCCCACCCUAAUAAUCCCAGCGCGUUAUAUGCUAUGAAACGUAGAUGAAGGCAGCACUACAGCGUAUUUAGUCCUCCAUCAUUCUUUAUCUUUGAGUCCAUCGCUGUCAACAAGGAGAAACAGGAGUUAAAACAUAUUUUUUUUUAUAUAUAUAUAUAUAUAUAUGCAAUUUAAAAAGAAGUUACCUUUCCAAAAUUUAGCAAUAUUUGCACUUUUUGUAAAGUACACUGUAGUUUUUUUCCACACACACGCUUUGUUCCAUUUGGACUUUCCACGGCUGUUUGCAAUCUCUAUGUAUAUAUUUCUAUUUUCUUUAUUGACAACGCUUUUUUUUUUUUUUUCCUCCCCCAGAAAGAAUGGAUGCGAAACACAGACUUUCUCGCAUGGGUUGUAUUUAAUCAAAUUCCUGUACUGAUGUUUUUAAGAAAAUACAACCGUUCGUUAUGUAAAGCUGACUCAG